GCGCCUCGCGCAGUUCCGCCAUGGCCUCCACGGAAGGGAGUCGGGCGCUCCCCGGACCUCGGCGCGAGCCGGCGGGACGCGGGCGGCGACAGGACAAGUAUUCCGUGCUCUUGCCGACCUACAACGAGCGUGAGAACCUGCCGCUCGUUGUGUGGCUGCUGGUGAAAAGCUUCUCCGAGAGUGGAAUCAACUAUGAAAUUAUAAUCAUAGAUGAUGGGAGCCCAGAUGGAACAAGAGAUGUGGCUGAACAGCUGGAGAGGAUCUACGGGUCAGACAGAAUUCUUCUGAGACCUCGAGAGAAGAAGUUGGGGCUAGGAACUGCAUACAUUCAUGGAAUGAAACAUGCUACAGGGAACUACAUCAUUAUAAUGGAUGCUGAUCUGUCACACCACCCAAAAUUUAUUCCUGAAUUCAUUAGGAAACAAAAGGAAGGGAAUUUUGAUAUUGUCUCUGGAACUCGCUACAAAGGAAAUGGAGGUGUCUAUGGCUGGGAUCUGAAAAGAAAAAUGAUCAGCACUCUUGAAAAUAUUUCUUGUUUAGAAAUUGUAUUUUAUGAAGAAAAUUUGGAUGUUUUGUUUGGCAGCCGUGGGGCCAAUUUUAUUACCCAGAUUUUAUUGAGACCAGGAGCAUCUGAUCUAACAGGAAGUUUCAGAUUAUAUCGAAAAGAAGUUCUACAAAAGUUGAUAGAAAAGUGCGUUUCUAAAGGCUACGUCUUCCAGAUGGAGAUGAUUGUUCGGGCCCGGCAGCUGAAUUACACCAUUGCUGAGGUUCCAAUAUCAUUUGUGGAUCGUGUUUAUGGUGAAUCCAAGUUGGGAGGAAAUGAAAUAGUCUCAUUCUUGAAAGGAUUAUUGACUCUUUUCGCUACUACAUAAAAGACGGUUGCUCCUUUGUGCUUACCAUGUUCAUGUGAAUGUAAGCAAGAGAGCAGCCUGAUUACUGCUGUCUGUAAAUGUACUCUUAGAGCAUGAAGCAGAAGGGAAGGUGAAUCCCAUGCAGAUACAUUUUGUGGAAAAGCUCCAUUUUAUACUAAAAAUUAAACAAUUUCAAAUUUA